AUGGGUGAGUCCAAGAUGGUGCGCCCUCUCCCCCUCCUGGAGGACUGGUUGGAGCCUCUGGACGCCCAGCCGCCCCACCACCAUGCCUCACCCCAACCAGGGGAGUCCCGGCCAGGCUCAGGCCCCCGACUGGAGCCUCUGGAGGCCCAGGGGUCUUCGGGUGUUCAGCGCGGGAGCUCCUGGAUUUCUGCUGUCGGUUCGCCCUGGGAUCCAUUGCUGGGAUUGGAUCUCUGGGUCUCCUGCGUCGCCCCCCGCUGUGUGCACAGGGUGCAAGUUCACUUCUGGACGGAGGUCCCCGCCGCAUCGCAGAUUGUCAGGGGCCGGGCACUGUCGAGCACCUCCAUCAUGGUAGAAUGGGCUGUAGAACCCACGGCAGAGUUCUACUUUCUGGAGGUGCACUCUCAGGCCACCGGAAUGACGUUCAACCUGACCACCACCAACCACAGCGCAGUGGUGGCAAACCUGCACUCCUCCACCAACUACGACUGCUACGUCUUCACGGCUAACCAGGCCGGAAAUGGAACCAGGAGCAAAGUGAGGACCAUCACCACAUUGGUGGAGCCUCCAAAGAAAGUCACGGUAACACAGACUGGCCGGGGUACGGCAAGGGUGCUCUGGGAGCCGGUGAAGGAUGUUCUGUUGUACCACGUUGCCAUCCGGGACAUAGAUGAACCCAACAGCCCGACUUUGUACAACGUUACAGACACCAAACUGGAUAUUCAAGGCAUCCUCCCAUGCUCCACCUAUCUGAUAUCAGUGUCCUCAUUCAACAUGUUCCUGCUGCCGAGCGAGCCCACAGACUUCACAUACACCACCAACAAGCUGACACCAGUUUCCUCAGUUUCUGUGGACUACACCUGCACCACGAAAUCUGCCACGGUGCACUGGUCGGCCGUGUUCGGAGCUGAAUCCUACGAGGCCUCGGCGAUGGGCGAUAACGGCACAGAGCUGAUGUGCACCAGCCGGAGCACCAGCUGCCAGAUCUCCGGACUGCAAUGUGGCCAGAGCUACGAGGUGCAUGUGACACCCAUUUCAGCGAGCUGCAAGCACAUGUUGAACACGACCUGGACCACCUUUCAGACUGUUCCUUGUCCUCCCAAGAAACUGGAGUUGUUGCGAGAUUGUUCCAGUGAAGUCAUCAUCUUUUCCUGGGAACACACAAACAACACAGACCACUACAUGGCUAAGGCGGUGGACUCUCAGGGAGUGGUCCAGGAGUGUCUGACUGAAGACAACUCCUGUUAUUUCACACAUACAGUGUGUGGGCGACACUAUUUCUUCACAGUCUACUCCGUCACAGGGCAGUGCAAAAGUGAGCUCAGCUCUACCGUUGACAUCCGCACAGCACCCUGUAUUCCGCAGAAUGUUCAAACCUCAGCCGCCUGCGGGUCAAACGUUCUGCUCAGCAAGUGGGACCACGCUGAGGGGGCUCUGCGCUACACUGUGCAGGCCUACGGCAAUAAAGGAAACAACAGCCACUACACCUGCAGCUCAGUGUCCAACAGCUGUGCCAUAGAGGGCGUCCAGUGUGGAGAGUUCUUGACUAUUUACAUCACUGCUUUCGAUGAUGAAUGUGCCAGCCCGAGGACACUGGGGCCUGUGGCUGAGACAGUGCCCUGCACUCCUCAGAACGUGUCAGCGGUGAAGGAAUGUGGAGCCGACGCCAUCACGAUGACCUGGAGCAAUGUCUUUGCAAUUUUCUACGUCGCCACGGUGAAGGACAGUAAUGGCGUCCUUCACAGCUGCCAAACCAUGGACCUGAGCUGUAAGAUCGAGGGCUUGAUGUGCAGCACCAACUACACGGCGUAUGUCGUUGCCUCCAACUUCAUUUGCGACAGCGCUGAGAGCGAGAUGGUGGCCAUAGAGACAGCUGCUUGCCCACCGGAUCAUGUCACUGCCUCUCUGGACUGUGCAGCCAAUGAGGCUCUGGUUUCGUGGCGUGGCCAGCCAGGAAUGAACUCCUACACGGCCACCAUCGUGGACGAAAAACAAGGACUUCUCAGCUGCAGCUCCACUAACACAAGCUGCAGGGUGCCCAACCUGAAAUGUGGCCGGCUCUACACUGUCACUGUCUGCCACCACGAUGGCAUGUGCCCCAGCAUGCCUUCUGAUCCCAUCUUCAUGGAGUCUGUCCCUUGCGGGCCCAAAGUGAACGCGGACUUUGACUGCCGGUCACAAGUCUUGACCCUCGGCUGGAACGCGACGAGUAAUGCAGAAGGCUACAUAACUGUGAUCUCAAACAGCAGCGAAAAGUUGAUGACCUACAACACCUCGGAGCCCGCGCUGAGGGUCAACACACUGGAGUGUGGACGUGAUUACAUGCUGAAAGUGAUGUCCUACAACGGCACCUGUGUCAGUUGGCCGUCAGUGCUACCUGUCUCGCAAACACCGUGUGUGCCAACCAGUGUGAUGGUGUCAAGAAGCUGUGGCCAGGAUUUUGUGGAAGUGACUUGGAAAGCGAGCCGUGGCGCCCUGUCCUACAAAGCAGCUGCAAAGGAUAAAGGUGGCCGGCAUUUGAUGUGCUCCUCCAAUGAGACGUCUUGCAGGUUGGAGGGCUUGAGGUGCAGCCAGGUUUACAAUGUCGGGGUGACUGCCAUGGGCGACAACUGCACCAGCAAUGAGAGCUCCGUGGAGAUGCUACAGACAGCUCCCUGCCCGCCCUCUAAGCUCAACGUCUCAGUGAACUGUGCCCGUAACUCUGCCAUGUUAACCUGGAACAGCAGCCCCAAUGCAGUGUCCUACACUGGCAAGGCUGUGAGCACAGAUGGACACACAGUGAUGUGUGAGGCAGGAAUGAACCGCAGUUGUCAAUUGAAAGGUCUGCAAUGUGGAAAGGAGUACACCUUCACUGUGUCAGCCUCCGAUGGAGACUGUGAAAGUCCUGACAGCAAGCCGGUCAUGGAGACCACCGCCCCGUGUGCUGUUGAAAAUGUACUCAACACCCUGAACUGCAGCACCAACGUCCUAACCAUCAGCUGGGAGCCUGGAUCCAUGCCUGUAAACUACAGCACCAAAGCCCUCGCCGGAGAUGGAACUGCACUUCGCUGCAUGACAGAGAAGUCGAGUUGUAUGCUGACUAACUUACAGUGUGGACAGCAGUACACUGUGACGGUCAAAGCCAUGAGCAGCACAUGUGAAGGAAACAGCAGUGAGCCGGAAAUUGUUAACUCUGUUCCUUGUGUUCCUGCGGACGUCCGAGGCGUUGUGGAGUGUUCCACUAACACGCUGCAGGCGUCCUGGAACAAGACUGCCGGGGCAGCGUCCUACGUCUCCACACUGAAGGGCGCGGGAGGUUUCUCUUCUUCCUGCCGUUCAGCUAACCAGACUUGCCUCUUCCCCGACCUGCGGUGUGCUCAGACGUAUAUGUUCAGCGUGGUGGCCAUGAACGACAGGUGUAACAGCUCCAAGAGUGAGAUGAUCUCAGCCAAAACCGCUCCCUGCGACCCUACAAAUGUAACCGCUGCCCUGCACUGCCCCUCCGGUGUCGUGACUGUGACGUGGGGGCCCAGCGCUGGAGCAAAUCAUUACACGGUCGUCGCCAAGGCCAACGGGCACAUGGACUCCUGCAGCUCCUCCGGCACGUCCUGUGAGCUGACCCAGCUGCAGUGCGGGGAGAACUACACUGUGACUGUGUUGGCAGGGGACGGGCACUGCAACAGCUCGGUGCUCGCCACAACCAAUGUAGUGACAGCUCCCUGUGCUCCGAUGAUCCAGAACCACUCUCUGGACUGUGUUUCCAACCACGCCAUGGUCACCUGGGCUGAGGACAAGGAUGCCAUGAGUGUCACGGUCAACGCAACCUCCAACCGUGGACACUCGACAUCCUGCAGCUCCUCCAACAACAACAGCUGUGUCCUUGAUAAACUGAAGUGUGGACACACCUACAACGCCCAGGUUGUUGCACGAGGAGUCAAGUGUUUGAGCAAACCAAGCUCCACUUUUCAGAUUGUCACAGCGCCCUGUACCCCUGCAAACCUUGAUCACACAUACUCCUGUGACACUGGCAUCGCCUUCCUGAGCUGGGACGAGACUUUGGGAAGAAAAAGUUUCUACGCUCAUGCCAGUUCUGGAGACCACAGGGUGUCCUGCAGCACCAGACAGACCGACUGCUCCAUGCCAUCACUGCUCUGUGGCCGCACUUACGAUGUAAAAGUGUUAGCUGUGGCUGAACACUGCAACAGUAGCGUCCCUGGUGUGACACAAAUACAGACAGCCCCCUGUGCUCCCAGGAAUGUCAGCGCCUUGCUGGUGUGUGACAAUAACACGGCGGCGGUGAGCUGGCAACACAGCGCCGGUGCAGUCUCCUACAAAGUGCGGGCGAACGGUAGAGACGGUGACGUGAAAGAGUGCACCACAAACGGCACACGCUGUCUCCUACCCAACAUGCACUGCGCCCAGACCUACGUGAUCAUGGUCAGCCCCUUCUCUAAAUACUGCAAGGGCUUCGACAGCAACCCACUUAGUUAUACUGCAGGGCCCUGUCCUCCCACCAAUGUCCGCGUGUCCCUGCAGUGUGUCGGCAACGUGGGCCAUGUGACCUGGAAUGCUGCCCAACGAGCAGACUUCUAUGUGGCCACAGCGGUGCCUUCUGCCGUGGAUGAGCACCAACACACCUGCAGCUCCAACGGAACAGGCUGCUCCCUCACAGACCUCCACUGUGGCGAGAUGGCAGUCGUUACAGUGGUCACCAUGGAGAGGGGCUGCACCAGCAAGCCCAGCAUGCCUUUUACUUUCCAGUCAGUUAUCUGCCCACCCAUGGGUGUGAUGGGGGUGACGACUUGCAGGAGCAAUGACAUCACAGUAAGCUGGGACCCGAGUCCAGAAAGUGGUGCUAACUACUUCAUCCACUCUCAACAAAACAACGGGACCAGAGCCAACUUCUCCACAUCCCGGACGUCCCACGUGCUCACGGGGCUGCAGUGUGGCGAGUUGUACACACUGACAGUCGCUGCCAGUGACAACGAGUGCAGCAGUGUCUUCAGCAUGCCGACACGAACAGAAACAGCUCCGUGUCCUCCAACCAACCUGACUGCCAGAGCCGACUGUGGCACCAACUUAGGAACGCUGAGCUGGGCACCGAGUGUCCGCGCUAUUUCCUACAUGGCUACAGUGACUGGUACCCACGGCCAUGUUGUUUCCUGCUCUUCCAACACGACAACCUGCUCAGUGAAACUGGACUGCGGACACAAAUACACAGCUGUGGUGAUCGCUUCCAGUUUGACAUGCAACAGCAGCACAGGAGCAUCCCUGACUUUUGACUCGGCUUCCUGCCUGCCUGACAAUGUGAUGGCGGCGCUGAGCUGCAAAGACAACACCUUUGCGGUGCAGUGGAGGGCGAGCUUCAGCGAACUCGACACUUACACCGCGCUGGCCAUCGGUAGCGACGACAGCCGUGCAACUUGUGACACAAUGACCACAAACUGCACCAUCCAGAACCUGAAAUGUGGCCUCAGCUACAGCAUCGUGGUCACUACAUCAUCAGUCGACUGUGGCACCAUUGAGGGCUCUGAUUACAAGAUGCAUUCAGCGCCCUGUAAACCAAAAAAUGUGUUGGUGGAUCUGCAGUGCAGCACUAACAGGGCUUCAGUGACCUGGGAGAACUCUGGGCCAGACCAGACCGAGGUGGUGUCAGCGGUGGACAGCAGAGGAAUUACCACCACCUGCAGCUCUAGCACCUCCAACUGCACCUUCAACCAGCUGACCUGCGGGGAGAUCUACAUCAUGAGUGUGGCGGGCCACACAAAUUCAUGCAUCAGUGAACCAGCUGUUGCAGAAAGACUCAGAACAGCUCCUUGUGUUCCCACCCACGUCACAGGGCGAGUGGACUGUCAGACUGGCAUCACCAGCGUGACGUGGGACUCUGCACGUGGUGCCAAAUCUUACACCGUCUUUGCUCGGGGCAGUCUCGGCCACAACGCUACGUGUAACAGCACUGACACCAACUGUAAUUUCCUUAGCCUGGCGUGUGGGCAGGUCUACACUGUAACGGUGUUGGCUCGUCACGACUCCUGCGUCAGUCUGAUCAGCAAGUCCAUCAGCGUUAGCACAGGUCCCUGUCCACACAGUGGUCUGAUGACUGCCCUGGACUGCAAGACCAACACAGCUGUGGUGUCUUGGAGACCUGGCAGCGGCAUCCUCUACUACAGCGCCUCGGCUGAUGCCUUUGACAUUGCUCACAUGCAGACCUGCUCGUCAAACGGUUCCUCCUGCAACAUCAGCUCUCUGCGCUGUGGGGCGAGCUACAGGGUGACCGUCAGUGGAAUGGGGCAGUUCUGUCCCAGUCCAGCCCAGGACUGGCGACGAGUCAACACAGCUCCCUGCCCUCCGACCCAGCUGAUGGUGAACUCUUCCUGCAAAUCAAACAACAUCUCGGUGUCGUGGCAGGCCUCGAAGGGCUCCUUCUCUUACAUGGCCGUGGCUGAAAACGCAGAGGGUCACCGGUGGUCCUGUAACACCAGCAGCACCACCUGUCAGAUCUCCGGUCUGCCCUGCGGACAGCAGUACUACGUCUACGCUGCUGGUGUUGAUGCUAAUUGCGUUGGAGCGAAGAGUAACAUUGAAAUGAUCCGUACAGCUCCUUGUGUGCCACAGAACAUACAGAACAACCUCGACUGUCUAUCUGGCGUCCUCAACGUUACAUGGCAGUCGACGGGUCACGUAGUCUGGUUCCACGCCUCAGUGAUGAGCAGCAAGGGUCACGCCAGCAGCUGCAGGACGGAUAAGCGUUACUGCGUCGUUCGCAACCUGCAGUGCGGUCUGACCUACAACGUUACAGUGGUGGCCCAAGAUGAGUCCUGUAACAGCUCCCACAGCCCCACCAAGCAGGUCAUUACAGCUCCCUGUCCCCUCAUGACCUACCUUCCCACUGUCAACUGUACCACCGGUGUUGUAUCUGUGACCUGGAACGACAGCAUGCCGGGGGUCAUGUACACGGUGUCGGCGGUCGGCACCACGGGUCGUCAACACAACUGCAGCGGCACUAACAGUGGCUGCAAUCUCAGCAUGCUGGAGUGCGGGACGAAGUACAACAUCAGCAUCACACCAUCCAGGAAUGGAUGUGUGGGCAGAGACAGCCCCCAAAAAAUGAUCACAACAGGCAAGGAUCGAAUAUUUGAGUUUUUUUAUUUGUAA